CAGAUGACGUCUCAAGAAGCCUUUUCCUCGAUGGACAACUCCUGUACGACUGAGAGCCUACACAGACGACAGGAAAGCUAUUCUUUCUCUUAGCUGCUCACCACACAAACACGGCGGGUGCAUGAGUGGAUUUAUGGCCUGCAGCUGUUGAACGGCUGUCAGAAGUGCAAGCCAGGAUCUCCACGCUGCUUCUGCUGCUGCUGCUGCUGCUGUUUCUGGUCCACACACUGUUUCGUUGAAAGGAGAUACACUCAGCAAAGUCGUAUCAACACGGGCAGAUGACUCGUUAGUGGCAGUGCUGUUGGGUGCAGUCCGCUUCUUAAUGCAGAAGAAUAUAAUCCAAGUAAUGAUGGUGGGCGAGCAGUACAUCAGCACCACCACGGAGGGCAGCAGUGGGCCAAGGCCGGUGCCCGAGCACAUCCACAAGAUUGGCAUCUACGGCUGGAGGAAGCGCUGCCUCUACCUCUUCGUGCUGCUACUCGUCGUCAUGCUGGUGGUCAACCUGGCUUUCACAGUCUGGAUCUUCAGGGUCAUGUGGUUCAACCCGGAAGGGAUGGGCCUCCUGCAAGUCCACUCUGACGGCGUCAAGCUGGAGGACGGCGGAUCCGAGUUCCUGCUGCCCCUCUACACUCAGGAGAUCCACUCCAGAGAAGACUCUCCUCUUCUUGUGCACUCAGAAACAGAAAAUGUUUCCCUCAACGCCCGAGACGAAAGCGGCAACGUGACAGGGAGGACGUCUGUGGGUCCAAAACAGGCUGAGGGACACGCUGCCAACGUGCUCCUCAGCUCCCAAAAUGACAACAUGCUGUUCAGUGCAGACGGCAAGCAGGCUGCCAUCGGACCCGACAAACUACGCAUCACAGGUUCUGAAGGAGCUUUGUUCCAGCAUUCCGUGGAGGUUCCUCUCCUCAAGUCUGAGCUCUUGAGAGACCUGAGGUUGGAGUCUCCCACUCGCUCGCUCAGUAUGGACGCGCCAAAGGGCGUUCACCUCAAAGCCUUGGCGGGAAACAUCGAAGCUGCGUCCAACAUGGACGUUGUCCUGCAGUCCAGCGUGGGACUGCUGGUGCUGGAUUCAGAGACGGUGCGCAUGCCCAGUCUGCCCCAAAGUCAAGGAGGAGUUCCAGGCAACGUUCAGGGUCUCUACGAGGUCUGCGUCUGUCCCAGUGGAAAAGUCUUCCUGUCCAAGGCGGGCGUCACAUCCACUUGCAGUGACAAUCAGGAGUGCUAAGAUUUUAUUACUGUACUUUUAUGUGGGAGUGGAGCUCCUACCAGCAGGGGGCGUGCUAGCUGGAGGACAUCAUGUUGUCAUGGCUGGGCAAUGAGGAGCUGCUUUCACAGCGUACAUCCUAUGCAAUAUGGUCUUGUGGUGCAAUACAUGAGAAUAUGAACACAGCGCUCAUGUCUUGUUUCUUUGGCUUUUUCACUUGACAAGCUUGUGUUGAACCUGACGAGGCAACCCCGCAACACACAACAACAACACAUGGAUGCUAUUGCUAUUGCUACAAGAGCACCCGUGUUUUUGGAUUGGAAAAAAUAUGGAUUGUCUUGUGUUUGGGUCGAUGCAAUAAUACCUGUUGGGGGGGGUUGAGUAUUAUUAUUUUUGUGAAGGCACAUUUCAUCAUUAUCAAACGUAAAUUGUAAAAAAAACAUGCAAUCCGAAGAUGCAGGUGUACCUAAUGUUGUGGCCAGCACAUAACAUGUUUUUGAAAUGAGUGGCGUCUCUAUGUGUGUUAUUACGGUAUUUUUUGUGCACCACACUGUAAAAAAUGAUG